AUGGCGUCGUAUUCGUUCUUUAUCCUCACAUCCUUAAUUCUCGUCACAGUAGACGCUACCAACAACUGGGACAAACCUUGCUUUUAUGGAGAAUGUGAAUAUUCUCUCCCAUCACAUGUGCCCGCGUCAGGGUCAUUGAAAAUUUGGGGCUCAGCCGACGUACUAUCAGACAUUACCCCGGCAGCCGGAUGGGAAAUCCUUGACUGCUCUCCAGAUGAGCUCGAACAGGAAAUCCGUCUCGUGUGCUCGAAUAAUAGCACUGACUCCGCCGAUUGCGAUCAUCUUUACCAGAACGAUGGUGCCGAAGGCAAGAUCGUUCGUUUACCGGAGAGUUGUGGGCAAAAUGCCUUUGCUCGGGUGGCUAGAGCAUGGGAUCCGGAAGACCAGUCCCUCUCUUCUGAUGUGGUUGCACGUGUGAUUCGUCGCGAUGGAACUACUCCUCCCGUAAAGGCCCUGGCAUUGGACACAAAUUUUGCUGCUAUCAAUUCGUCUAAAACUGGGACCGUCAAUUUCGCUAUUGUAGGCGCCAAUAUUCCCGGUGCCGAUAUCGAUCUUUCAUCUCUUUCCGCCGGGACUUCAAGGCGGAGCCAUUUAUCGACCCGUAAUGCGUCUGACAUUGUUGGGAACGCACUUUUUUCUCUCGGGGGUCUUUUGAAGAACCACAUUAGCGUUGGCAAGUCUGUUGAUAUUCCCGUCGACAUAGACCAAACAUUCAACCUCCUCAAUGAGAGCAUUUCAUGCCCAUCUAUAGAUGCCAGCCUGAAUAUCAACAUCGCAGCGAAAGCACAUGCACUCGCUACUCUAGGAGUGUCUGCCAGCGGCACCAUCUUGCCUCCCAAGAUUGACGAUUUUGGUAUCACCGCUAGUCUUGAUGCCACUCUUGAUGGUGCCAUUGAUAUCCUUGCCGACGUUACCGGUACACUAGACUCCGGGAGAAUUGUUCUUCUCCAACCUAUUCUUAUAGCAGGUAUCGAUUUCCCUGGUAUCUUUUCUCUCGGACCCUCUUUCGAGAUCGACGCCCAGGCGAAAGCACAGCUAGAUGUUAACCUCGACCUCAACGUCGGUGUCGUAUAUACCAUCUCUCAAGCUCAAUUCGUUUAUCCGCCUAACGAUGAUAAUGCAUCGAACAGCGGAUCAUUUAACACUGGGGACACACCAUUAGAACUUUCGGUUGGCGCCGCCGUCAAUGCCACGGGCACGAUUGAAGCGCAUCUAAUUCCGCGCCUCAACUUGGGUUUAUCAGCAUUCGCUGGUAUUGCCGAAGCCAAUGUCUUCCUUGAGCUUGAUGCCAGUGCUACGCUGGAUCUCGAGCUGGAUGCGACGGCGGAAGCAAAUGUCACCAUCGGCGACGGGUCGACGAGUGCAAGGAGAAGCCGGCCAACUUCCGUUGCGGAAGCCAUAUAUGCCGCAAGAUCCGCUGAGGAAUCCAGUUCCCCCACUCCUACUUCCGUCGCUGACUUGAGUGUGUCGACAAAUACCAGCACCAGUCUUGGCGGAUGUUUCUCUAUUCAUUCCGGGCUUGAUGUCAAUAUUGGGGCCGAAGGGAACUUUUUCAGUAUCAUCAAGGAAGGCGUGUCCUUAACGCUGUUCGACAAAGACUGGGAACUCUACGCAGUGGGUAGAUUGCUCGCAUCUCCAUCACAGAUUCUAACAAUCGGACUUGUGUACAGACAUGCUUCGGCUCUCGAGCUGGUGAGACUGCGUCCUUAA